GGCUAAACAACUGCAUGUCCAGGCCAGACACGUGACGUCACUUGGUAAGCGACGGCGUCAGCUGCAGACAGUUGGGGUAACGUGAUUAUUUUCAACCCCGAAAAUGGUCAAAUCAGGGAAACUUCGAUCUGGGACGGGGACUAAACUAAAACGAUGGAAGAAGGGACACAGCAGCGACUCAAACCCGGAGACGAGUCGCUUCCGACAGGCUGCAAAAAGCCGCUUCUUCAGCCGACCCUCCGGAAGGAAUGACCUAACAGUUGAUGCUCUGAAGCUGCACAAUGAUCUGCAGGCUGGUCCGCUGGAGAUUGGUAGCCGUAAGGAUGCCCGCAUGGAAGAGGAGCCAGACGAGGCGUUUUCAGAUAGGACGUCAGGAACCUUCCUCAGCGGCCUGUCCGACUGCUCCAACCUGACCUUCAGGAAGGUGCAGCGCUACUGGGAGUCCAAUUCAGCUGCUCACAAAGAGAUCUGUGCGGUACUGGCAGCUGUUACAGAGGUGAUCCGUAGUCAAGGAGGAAAGGAGACUGAAACAGAGUACUUUGCUGCUUUGAUGACCACUCUUGAGGUUGUGGAUACGACAGAGUCUCAGGCUGCAGUGGCGUAUCUCCUCAACCUCGUCAUGAAACGGGUUCCGGCUCCAGUGCUCAUGUCUAAGUUCUCUGACACCACCAAGGCUCUGAUGGACGUCAUGUCCAAACAGGCCACAUCUGAGUCUGCCUCUGCGCUCAGAUGGAUCCUGUCAUGCCUGGCCACUUUGCUGAGGAAGCAGGAUGUAUCUGUUUGGACUUACCCGUCUACUCUUCAGGCUUACCACGGACUGCUCAGCUUCACAGUGCACAGCAAGCCUAAGGUCCGUAAAGCUGCACAGCAAGGAGUCUGCUCCAUUCUCAGAGGUAGCGACUUCCUGUUUAGAGAUAAUGCCCCGACCCAUCACCCUGCAGCAGGAACCACAGCCAAGUUCUGCAUGAAAGAAAUGGAACAGGCAGGAGGCAGCAAAGAGGACACCACCACUCUUCAUGUGCUGGGUCUUCUGAAGGAGUUGAUGGGGACGUUUCCUCUGGGAGCGGUCAAGUCCUGUUGUGAGACUCUGCUGCGAGUGAUGACACUCAGCCAUGUGCUGGUGACAGCGAGUGCCAUGCAGUCCUUUCAUAGGCUAUUCAGUGGGAAGCCGAAUACUGCAACCCUCUCACCAGAACUCAACGCACAGAUCAUCACGGCUCUGUACGACUACCUGCCCAGUGAGAACGACCUGCAGCCGCUGCUGGCCUGGCUCGCUGUCAUGGAGAAAGCACAUGUUCACUUGGCAGGUUUGCAGAGCUCUUUGAGUUUGGGUCACCUCCCUCGCCUCUUCUCUGCUGCCAUAUCCUGCCUGCUGUCGCCUCAUACACAGGUGGCUUCUGCAGCAACCAAUACACUAAAGACUUUGCUGACUGAAUGUGUAGCCCCUCACAUGGAGGAAAUGGGCAUGAUCACUGCCACAGCCUCUGCAGGGAACCCCUCCUAUGUCUGCAAAAUGUUUCGCAUCGUAGAGGAAGGCUUGUCCUAUCGCUACCAUGCCUCCUGGCCAUUUGUGCUGCAGAUCCUGGGUUGCUUCUAUCGGUCUACAGGGAAACGUGCUCACCCCAUCAUGACCAAGUCCCUGCAGUCUCUAGCAGACCUGCGCGCCACUCCUCAUUUCCCCUUCAUCGGAGAGUUGGACCUGGCUGUAGGAGGCGCUGUAGCGAGCAUGGGGCCUGAAGUGGUGCUGGGCGCUGUUCCUCUCAACAUCACCGGCUUUGAGGAUGACUUGGAGUUCCCACGCAGUUGGCUGAUCCCGGUCAUACGGGAUCACGUGAAGAACACUCACCUCGCUUUCUUCUCUUCUUAUUUCCUCCCUCUGGCUUCCACACUCAAGCAGAGAGCUGAUGAAUUGGAGCAACCAGGACAUAAACUUGAGGCCAAAGUCUACGGGACAUUACAGACGCAGAUUUGGACCAUGCUUCCUGGUUUCUGUACAUGUCCUGUAGACCUGCUGGUUUCGUUCAAAGGCUUAGCCCGCACACUCGGUACGAUUAUUAACGAGCGACCGGACCUGAGGCUCACAGUGUGCCAGGCUCUACGCACUGUCGUCAACAAGAGCUGCUCCACCGAGGAAGAAAAGGCUGAAGUGGGCCGCUUCUCCAAGAACUUCCUGCCAAUCCUUUUCAACGUGUAUGGCCAGCAGCCGGCAGCUGGAGAGUCCUCCACCUACAGGAUGGCCGUACUAGACACCAUCAAGAUCUACCUAACUGUCACUGAAACACAGCUGGUCGGCACGUUCCUGCAAAAAGCCACAGACAAACUGAGCAGCUCGGACACCACAGAGUUCACACGGCUGUCAAUGAUGGACCUUGUGGUGGCCAUGGCUCCCGCUGUAGAUGCAGCCACCAUGACUAAAACCUUUGAGCUGAUUAGGCCAUAUUUGGAGUCCAAAGAGGCAGGCAUGCAGAAGAAGGCAUACCGUGUGCUGGAGGAGAUGUGUGGAGGAGAGAGAGAGGAGUGCAGAUCCUUUGUCGUCGCCAAUCUGGAAACACUCAAAGUGGUCCUGCUCGACACUUUGAAGAAAGCCUCAUCGCCGGCCAAAAGGCCACGACUCAAGUGUCUGAUCCACAUUGUGAAGGGGCUCACUGAAGAACACAAAGACUUUAUCCCAGCCCUUCUGCCAGAGGUGAUUAUAUGCACCAAGGAGGUGUCUGCUGGAGCGCGUAAGAAUGCCUACACUCUGCUGGUGGAAAUAGGAAAAGCAUUUGUCCGUUUCUGUGGGAACACAAAAGAUGCCUUGGAGGAGUAUUUGAUGCUGGUGUACGCAGGACUCACAGGCUCCGUCACCAUGAUCACCUGCACAGUGUUGGCUCUAACUCGACUGAUGUUUGAAUACAAAGACGCUAUAGACACGAACACCAGGGAGCAGCUGCUGCACAACAUCUGUCUGCUGCUCACCUCUCGUACCAGGGAGAUAGUCAAAGCCGCCUUAGGCUUCAUCAAGGUCAUCCUCUUCAUCAUGGACCCCAAGACGCUCGCAUCCCAUGCCUCUGUCAUGAUGGAGGGAGUUGGGAACAUCAAAGACGAUGUGAGGAGGCACUUCAGAACCAAACUGAAGAACAUCUUCACCAAGUUCAUCAGGAAGUUUGGUUUCGAGCUAGUGAAGAGCAUGCUGCCUGCAGAACACCACAAGGUGCUUGCAAACAUCCGCAAGGCUGAAGCUCGCACCAAGAGGCAGAAGCAGGUGGCGGAGCAGAACGAUGAUUCUGAGAGCGAAGAUGAGAACCCUAAAACAAAGAGCCAAAGUAUUGAGGACAUCCUUGCAGAGUCGGACAGUGAUAUGUCAGAAGAUGAAGGAAAGGCUCGUAAAGCUCAGAAGAAAGGAGGCAAACCGCAGAAAGCACGGGCCUGGCUCAAAGAAGGAGAGGAAGAUGACCCGCUUAACUUCCUGGAUCCUACGGUUUCCCAGAGAGUGCUAGCCACCAACCCAAAACUGAAAAAGAGUGCCAAGGUUGAGCAUGGUUUCAAGGUGACAUCAGACGGACGGCUGAUCAUCAGAGAGGAUGAAGAGGACGAUGGAAAGGUUGACGAUGAGGGAGAGAUGAAGGAUAUCUUAGAAGAGGCUGGAGUCAAAAGUAAAAAGAUACAGAAAAGGAAGUUCAGAGAUGACAACAUGGACGAGGACAUGGACAUUGCGCCACAGCUUAAAUACAAAGCUGGGGGUUCAGGUAUCCACAGACCCCUGAGAGGAAGUGAAGACACUGGGGCAGAGUACAAGUCAAAGAAAGGAAAAGGAGACGUAAAGAAAACAGGGAAGCAUGAUCCUUACGCUUACAUCCCUCUGAAGAAGUCCCAGCUCAAUCGCAGGAAGCGUGCCAAACUACAGGGCCAGUUCAAGGGCAUGGUGAGAGGAGCCCAGAAGGGGGCGACGUCUGGAAAGAAAAUGCAGAAGAACAAGAGGAAAGCCUGAAGAGCAUCCUUUUAUUACUCAAUGGACUCUUAAUGUGUUGGGUGUGAUGGUGUGUUCAUAAACAUACUAAAAUGCAGAUUUACACCGUUAUGUGCGUGUCUGUCGGUGUGCCAUUCAGACAGACUCAUUGAAGGUGAAUUAGUUUGUUUUUAAACUGUUCCUUCUCUCAAAGCUCACAAAAUGCUCUGACGUCCUUUAGCUUCAAGGGCUUUUGGCUUAAAAUUACUCGACUGUAAUCUGUUUUAUGCAUCCGUUAUACUCCCUAUUUCCUUAAAAAUACAUGUAUUUAUGUGAAAACAUUAAUAUGGAGAUAGACAAUAAGACUGGUUUGUGAAGUUUAAUAUCUGUCUUGUGUUAUUUUGUCACUUGAGGGCGCUAUAGACAGCGAAAGACUGUUAAUGAAUACAUUUUAAGGUGAUUUAAAAUACAUAAUUUUUUUUUUUAUACUGAGAAGAUAAGACAAUAUUUCCCUUUUUUAAUUUCGCCAUUUUAUAAACCCAGUUAUCUCCAGCCCAUUCAGUGCAGCCCCUUAAAGACGGAGAGAGAAGCUGUAGGUUGUUGUUGUGCAGGGUCAGUGAACAUACCAUUAGCCUCGUGUGAUUCAUUUCCCCAGAUGGAUUGCAGCAAAAAUGAUUCAUAGCAACCUCCUAAUCGCACUCUUUUGUGUCUGAGCUCAGUGUGUCAGUCAGCGUCUCGGAGGAGUGAAGCAGAUUUCCACAACUCAGUCAGGACAUUCUCAGAGCGGUUAAGUGUUUAUUAAAGGGGCUUCAGAAAGUAUUUGGGUAGACUUUUGAUUGUCUUACUACACAGUAACCAUUAAUGACAAGAUGAGAACCUGUUUUUAGAAAUUUGGUAUGAAUAAGAAUUAUGUCAGUGCAGUGAUGUUACAGAAAUGACCUUCAAUAAACCUAAAAGCAAUGAAAAAUA